AUGGCUCCGCACCAUCGUCGCCGGCUUGCAGUCAGUCGUCGUCGCCCCGAAGAUGAGGGCGAGGAGGAUGGUUCGGUGGCGGGAGACUACGAAGAUGAUUCUUUGAGCGAUGCCAGCAGCCAUCAGGAUGAGGAUCAUGAUGGUGAAGAAAGCGAUUUCAGUGACCACGAUCUCGCGAAUCCAGACUCCGCCAGCAAGCAUGGUCGCGUGGAGCCUUUAGCCGAAAAGGAUGCCAACCUCCCAUCGCCGAAAAAGCCCUCAUUCGACACCAAGACCUCGGAAAUGGAAGCGAUGUUGAACGGAUUGAAGCUAGCGGAUAACGGUGCAGAAGCUACAGAAAUACAUUUCGACGAUAUGGGGGAUGACUCGGGGCCUGCUGCGAACGACAAAGGCAGGCCGGUGUCUCGCGGCCAACGGGCAAAAGGGGACCGGAAUGAAUCUGCGAAAGAACGGGGAGUAAAUCCUACAUCUGUGCCAACUCGCGGUGGUUUUUUCCUUCAUGAUAAGAGGGGCAAUAAGUCUCCAAAUGGCUAUCGUGCCGCCAAUAGUUCCAAACCGAAAAGCAAACCUCACGGCCUCAUAGUGGACAGCAGUCAAAGGCGCCCUGCGCAAAAGCCCGACGUUACGGAUGCACCCUGGACUCACGAUCUACAUGAGUCUAUCAACCAGCCACCUCCAGCCCAAAGUCGCCCGUCAUCCACUCAACCUUCUGCCGUUCCGCCGAUGCAAAGUUACAAGCCAGUUCCCACAGCUCCUCGAUCGACGCCGCCUAAUCGCUCCUUCUCAAGUACUGUUUUAAUUGGAAACGUGCCUGUUGUAGUCUUUUUACCUGGGAUGGCCAAUCCGAUACCCUACUCCGCGGUUCCAAAAAAGCAACAUACACGCCUUCCCCAACACCGCCCUCCGCUGCGCAGAGAUAAACCCGUGCGAGUGGCGCUUCCUGGCUCACCGCCCCGUUACAUUUUCCCUUCCACCGAACGCUCGUUCAUCUUCAUCCCUCGAGCUCUGCGACCAAAUCAGCAACUGUACCGUGGUCGUGGACGCGGUGGGUUCUACGGCAGCCGAAGGAAUAGUCUAUAUGGGGGAAGCGUGUAUAGUCCAAGUCUGCCAAUGAGUCGGAGAUCAUCCAUUGGUAGAGUUGCUUCUCGCAACGGCGUGAUUUCACCGGGAGGUUCUGUCAUCUCCAGAGCACCCAUUAUUCCUGGAGACGUUGGGAAGCCAGUGGUCCGUCUUCCACCUGUAACGCAUGGCCAGGCACCAAUCGGUCCAAUGGCACCCCCGCCGGUACCUCCUAACGUGGCCCCGGCUCCUGGUGCUGGACCGCAGCCUCUUGCUCAGCUGCCAUCCUACACUCCUCAACACCCACCUUUCCGAGAAAAUCGGCCGACUCCAACGAUCCCUAUGCACCAACCUAGGCCGCAGAAGACAGUUUCUGUAGCCGAUAUUGAGUCACCCAUGGCCUUCUAUAACCCUCCACCUCAGCAACAAGAACAGCCAUUCCAUCAUCAGGUGCCUAUGGCGCUGAAUGGUGCUUCUUAUGGCCCCGAAUCCGCCGGAUACCCUUCGCAUACUCGCCAUGUCUCGCACCCUCCACAAGCCUCAGCAACACCACUUUCUCAGAUUCCGGAACGCGCGAUCCAUGCCCCUCCCUUUCAACCCUAUCCUUACCCCCAGCCGCAAAGCUACUAUUCCCCUGGAUCUUAUCUAUCUGGGCCGGUUAUGUACCCAGGGCCCAAUGCAGAUUACCCUCAAUACAGUGCCCCUGCUCCGCCAGGUGCCGCACCCGUUUUCGUCCCUGCUGGACAACAGGCACCGUAUGUCAUUGCGCCUCAACCCCCUGCUGAACCGUCUACGCAGCCGGGAACAGUCGCGCAUGAAUCAAACGGCACUGUCUACUAUUACGAUGCCACCCAAUUCCCGAAUUAUCCCAACACCGCCUAUCCUGUGCCCCCGCAAGGCGGAGUUGUCGGGAUGGGCGGUAUGAUGACUCCUCCGGGAACUUACUACUACCCCCAACAACCGAAUGGGGCGAUGUACUACUCUUAA